GGCAGCUCCUUCAGUCGCCCCUCAGCCGCCGAGAAGUAUGAACAAGGGUGAGAGGAACGGUCUGGGUGGGGCGUGUGGGUGGAGGAGUGGGCCGGACCCCGCCCACCACGCCCACUUCCUGAGGGCGGCCCUCGACCUCCUGGUGAACAAGGCCGUCUUCCAGGCCACCAACAGGUCUUCCAAGGUGGUGGAGUGGGUGGAGCCCGAGGCCCUCAAGGAGCGUCUUGACCUGAGCCUGAAGGAGGAGGGCGUGACCCAGGCUGACCUCUUGGGUCACCUCGGAGAUGUUGUCAAGUACAGUGUCAAGACUGGUCACCCGUUCUUCGUCAACCAGCUGUUCUCCAGCCUUGACGUGUACGGCCUGGUUGGUCAGUGGGUCACUGACGCCCUCAACCCUUCUGUCUACACCUACGAAGUCGCUCCAGUCUUCACCCUUAUGGAGAUAGAGGUACUCUCGGCUAUGGCUGGUCACGUUGGGUACAAAGAACAUGACGGGCUGUUCGCUCCUGGCGGGUCCAUGUCGAACAUGUACGGAAUGCUUUUGGCACGAUAUCAUCGCUUCCCAGAGGUUAAGCAACGAGGAACCAGCAGUCUGGGGCUCCUGGUGGCUUUCACAUCAAUCGACGCCCAUUACUCCUUGGUCAAGUCCGCCAUGACCCUGGGCCUCGGGGCAGACAACCUGGUCCUUGUCGAUGUCGAUCACGCUGGCAGGAUGAGUGUUCAACACCUGAAGGAGUGCAUCACCAAGGCCAGGAAGGAAGGUGCUACGCCCUUCAUGGUGUGUGCUACUGCAGGAACAACGGUGCUGGGGGCAUACGACCCCGUCGACGCCGUAGCGGACGUGUGCCAAGCUGAGGGCAUCUGGCUACACGUUGACGCUGCCUGGGGCGGCGGCGCCCUCCUCUCCCCCAGACACAGCCAUAAACUUAAGGGCAUUCACAGGGCGGACAGUGUGACCUGGAACCCCCACAAGCUGCUGGCGUGUCCUCAACAGUGUUCCGUCUUCCUGACUCGUCAUGUUGGUCUACUGAAGGACUGUAACUCUGCCAGUGCAGCCUAUUUGUUUCAGAAGGACAAGUUCUACGACACCACCUACGACACCGGAGACAAGCACCUCCAGUGCGGCCGACGGGCGGACGUUCUCAAGUUCUGGACCAUGUGGAAGGCCAAGGGCACUAAAGGGCUGGAACAGCACAUCGAUCAACUGUUUGAGAUGUCGCAGCUGUUCGCUGAUAAGAUCAGAACAAGACAAGGCUUCAGGCUGGUGAUGGAACCAGAAUGCACCAACGUCUGUUUCUGGUAUGAGCCGACGUCUCUCCGCGGUAAGAGAAGACACCCUCAAUAUAAACAGCUUCUCAAUGCUGUGGCUCCCCGGAUUAAGGAGCGGAUGGUCAAGUCUGGUUCUAUGAUGGUCACCUACCAGCCCUUGAGGGAGAGACCUAACUUCUUCCGGCUGGUGCUUCAGAACUCCCAGGUGGACCAAUCCGAUGUGGAUUACUUCGUUCACCAGUUCGAGGAACUUGGGAAGGACUUGUAAUAACGUCAUUAACUGAAAUCUAAUUCUGGGCAGAUGAAGAGGUCUUUCUUGGAAGUGAUCCUUAAGGGUGGCAUCUAAAGCUCUUGGAAACUAUUAAUGAAGACAUGUGGUUGUUCUUGGAAGUGAUCCAACACAACAUUUAGCCACUGUUCACUUGACAGUGAACUUUAGUCAUUUUACUGUUCACUUGACAGUGAACUUUAGCCAUUUUACUGUCCACUUGACAGUUAACUUUUGAAGCAUUGUCCAUAGUCUCUUUAAACCAUAUUAUGUUACCUCACAACAAUGUUUAGCAUCCUUUGGAACAAUCUUCAAGAACAAAAUACACUUGACUAAAUAUAUCAAAAACUCAAGAAAACUUAUCUAUUUGUAAAAAAAAAAUGUCAAAAAUAUUUUUCUACAAAAAUCAAAAUUGUUGUAGUUUAUUUAAUAUUUUUGUUACAACGGUAUUAUGUUUAGAAUGUUGAAGUUUAACAUUAUAUAUAAUAUGUAGAUAUAUUUAUAUUACGUGUAUCUCAAAAAACGUAUAUGGGUACAGAUGCAAUAUAAUUGUAAUAACAGCGGCAUUUUGCUACAAAACAAAGUAUAUUGCUUAGUAUUAAUACUGUACUGCAUUUUAAUACGUAAUUGUUUUUACAAAAUAUCAAGUUUUUUAUUUGACUAAAAGGAAAGUUUGUUAUUUACUGUGACUUGUUCACAAAUACUUUCUGUGUAUAACAUGGAUUAUUAAGGAUUCUUUUAUAUUUAAAUUGUCUAAAACUGAGAACAUAACUCAGAAAUCAUAACGAACAAAACAAUCAAAUCAAAAUAGUGUUUAACAAAAUUUAC